AAUGACUAGGUACCUGAAGGAAUUCCGCACGGAACAGUGCCCUCUUUUUGUGCAGCACAAGUGUACUCAGCACAGGCCCUAUACAUGCUUCCACUGGCACUUUGUGAACCAGCGUCGUCGCCGGUCUAUCCGCCGUCGGGACGGCACAUUUAACUACAGUCCUGACAUUUACUGCACCAAAUAUGAUGAGACCACAGGGAUCUGUCCAGAAGGAGAUGAGUGUCCAUUCCUGCAUAGAACUACUGGUGACACAGAGCGGAGAUAUCACCUGCGCUACUACAAAACUGGAAUCUGCAUCCAUGAGACUGACUCAAAAGGAAACUGCACCAAGAAUGGCCUCCACUGUGCUUUUGCUCAUGGGCCACAUGAUCUCCGCUCUCCAGUUUAUGAUAUCAGGGAGCUUCAGGCCAUGGAGGCUUUGCAGAAUGGUCAGACCACAUCGGAGGGUGGCAUUGAGGGUCAGUCUGCAGUUGCCGCUAGCCACGCUAUGAUAGAGAAAAUACUCAGUGAAGAGCCAAGGUGGCAAGACACAACAUAUGUUUUGGGGAACUACAAAACAGAACAAUGUAAGAAGCCCCCACGUCUCUGCCGCCAGGGCUAUGCCUGCCCUUACUACCAUAAUAGCAAAGAUAGAAGAAGAAGCCCUAGGAAGCACAAAUACAGAUCCUCCCCAUGUCCUAGUGUGAAGCAUGGAGAUGAGUGGGGAGAUCCCAGUAAGUGUGACAAUGGAGAUGCGUGCCAGUAUUGUCAUACCCGCACAGAACAACAAUUUCACCCCGAGAUCUACAAAUCAACAAAAUGUAAUGACAUGCAACAAUCUGGCAGCUGCCCCCGAGGACCCUUCUGUGCCUUUGCACAUGUAGAACAACCUCCACUUAGUGAAGAGUUACAACCAACGUCGGCUGUUUCCAGCCCAACGCAAACAGGCCCUGUAAUGUAUAUGCCCUCAGCAGCAGGCGACUCUGUUCCUGUCAGCCCUUCUAGUCCACAAGCCCCAGACCUUAGCAAUGUAUGGAAUAAACCAGGAACUCUGCCAACUAGCCCCACGUCCACCACAAUACUCUGUAGAAAUAGCAGUCUUGGAAGCCCAUCUAAUAUAUGUGGAUCCCCUCCUGGUGCCAUUGGAAAACCUCAUAGCUUGGAAAGCAUUGGCUUUUCCUCAGAUUCAGUAACUGCAGCCAGUAGUUAUAAGAAGGCUCCUGGCUUUGAGCGGGAAGACUUGGUUGGAGCAGAGUACUUAAAGAAUUUCAAAUGUCAGCCAGCAAAGAUAAAAUCCCAUUCCAUGGAACACAGAACCCAAGAACAACCUCUGUUACAGCCCAAACAGGAUAUACUGGGGAUUCUUCCUGUUGGCAGUCCACUGACAUCUAGCAUCUCCUCUAGUAUCACCUCUAGUUUGGCAGCAACACCUCCAAGCCCAGCAGGCACCAGCAGUGUCCCAGGCAUGAAUGCCAAUGCCCUUCCGUUCUACCCAACCAGUGACACAGUAGAGUCUGUGAUAGAGUCUGCCUUGGAUGACCUGGACCUGAACGAAUUCGGAGUGGCUGCCCUGGAGAAGACAUUUGACAGCAGCUCGGUGCCCCACACGAGUGGCAUCAUGAUAGGUGGGAGUUUGCUGCAAAGUUCUGCUCCUGUAAAUAUCCCAGGGUCCCUUGGAAGUUCUGCCUCCUUUCACUCUGCCUCUCCUUCUCCACCGGUCAGCUUAUCAUCGCAUUUCCUCCAUCAGCCCCAGGGACACUUAAGCCAAUCAGAAAACACGUUCCUGGGGACAUCAGCUUCUCAUGGAUCAUUAGGCUUAAAUGGAAUGAACAGCAGCAUAUGGGAGCACUUUGCUUCUGGAAGUUUUUCCCCCAGUACCUCGCCUGCAUUUCUGUCAGGUCCAGGUGCUGCUGAGCUGGCCAGGUUGCGGCAAGAAUUAGAUGAAGCGAACAGCACGAUCAAACAGUGGGAGGAAUCUUGGAAACAAGCUAAACAGGCUUGUGAUGCUUGGAAGAAAGAAGCAGAAGAAGCUAAUGAUCGCGCCAAUACAGCAACCAUUGAAUGUGAGCUAGCCCGAGACCAGCGGGAAGCCUUGGAGUUGCAGGUCAAGAAACUUCAAGAGGAAAUUGAAAGGAUCCACACUGGCCAGGACCCCCAGUUUCUGCGUUCACUCUCAGAUCUAGAGACCCUUUCCCUCUCCACACUUUAUAACCUCCAAAAACAGCUGCGUGCCAACCUAGAAAGAGUUGAUAAGGCAGUGUUCCAGAUGCAGUCGGUGAAAUGCCUCAAGUGCCAGGAAGAAAACCGGGUGGUACUACCGUGCCAACACACUGUGCUGUGUGAGACGUGCGCUGAGGAGGGUGAAUGCCCCAUCUGCCAUCCCAACAGGCCACAUGCUCUCCAGUCGUGACCCUACUAGGACACUGGGUUUAGCAUAUCACAUAGAACUUUUUAACUUUAUAUAUAUAUAUAUAUAUAUAUAUAUAUAAAAUAUAAUAUGAAUAUAUAUAUGAACAUAUAUAUAUAUAUACACACAUAAAAACAAGAUUAGUUGCAGAGCACUUUUUAAUACUUUGCAUCUCCCAUUUAAAGGGUUCCUCCUCCCUCACCCAAGUCCCUACUAAUUCUAACUCCUUAGGGACUUUUAGAGCUGUUUUUAAUAUAGAUCAAAGGGCCAUUUGCAGAGUCUGUUUCCUUCUCCCCACCCUCUUUUUUCUAUUAGGGUGUAACUUUUUUUUUAGUCUUUUCUGGAGAGAGAUUUAGAAAGGAGGGUGAAGAGGGGCUUGCAAGUGCUUUCCAAGGUGAUGACUGGACUCGUGGGGAGAAGAAAGAUGGAAAUCAAAUUUCUGAGUAUGUCUUCAUCCCUUCUCCUGCCUGUUGCCUCUUGCAUUGUCAUCUUUUAAUACUUUGAAAUUGCCAGACAUACAUUUGACCCAGUAGCAGAAGCCCCUCUGCACUCGACUGCCUGUUCAGAGCUUCACUCAUUUGGAACUCUUGUUGGCCUCCAAUAUUUGUGAGGGACUUGACUUGUCUGUUUUGUUUUGUUUUGUUUUGUUUUGUUUGAGGGGGGAUUCGCUCUUUAAAGGCUUUUAUGUCCCUCAAGGUUUUUACCAAAACAACAAAAAGGAUUGACACUGAAAACAAACCAGUGAGGCCUGGCCAUUGGCUGUGAUAAUUUUCUUAUAAGCGUUACUCAUCAGUGAAUGUUAGGGGAACCUUUUCAAGACUUCAGUAGCACUGCCAGGUGGAACUUCGUAAAAACAAAAGUUUGGAUUAGGUGGUUUUUAUUGUCUUGGCAAGGAACUGUGCUUCAGAACCAUGGGUAAUAGACAUGGAAGGCACCCUGGGUGGUAGGUAUAGGUAAAGAAGUGAAGCAGUGGGAGCACCUUUGGAACAGUCUGCUUUCUUAUCACUUGCUACUGGAUUUCCAUAGAACUUGCUUUCAGUGAUAAUUAAAUGGAGGCACAUAGAACCUUUGUGGCUUUUUAGUUCACUUAAUACGGGCCUCCAUAACUUGUGACCCACCAACCAAAUGUUGCCCACCAGUCAAAUAUGGUGGCCCCUUGUGGCCAAAUAACCCACCUGCUUUUUUUCUGACUGCCUGGGACUGUAGCAGUGGGGUGUUUUCGAUAAGCAUCUGACCACAGCCUACAACAGACAAUGGAUGGGCUGCAUUUGGCACAGCCUAUCUAAAGUUGUUCAGUAAUGGACUAAUAGUUGUUAAUGAGAAGAAACUCCCCCUCAAAAGGAAUACAUCCUUUGGCUUGUUGUUCCCUUCCCGUUCAUGAUACUGUUACUAGUAAUGUGGCAAGGAGCAACAUGCACUCUGUAUCCGUGGUCUGGAGGACAAAGCAGCCCUUUGCUUUGUGUGCUAGGAAAAGCUGAAAAUCCAGCCCUGUGCGGAGCAGUGUCAUCUGCUUGCCCAGUGCAGCGCUUGGCGUUGCUGCCCACGCUGCACGCUAACACAGACGUGGAGGUUAUACGAUGUGCUAGAGAAGAAGGGAUCCUGUGCAGGGGUUCACGUUGCAUCUAUUUAUUAAGCUGCCAAGAAUUCCCUUCUCUUUGAGACGUAUUCUUCUCCCCACUUCGUCACAUGGUUAAGACCAUGAUACACUUUGCUAAAGUUUACAUAGCAUACUUGUGGAUUGGGGAGUUGCAUACUGUUUUGAAAUUGGGAUUCCCUUGACCUGUAAUUUCUGCUGACUAUCAGAGAGAUUUUUAGAGAUUUAUAUACCACUUAGUGAUAUUUUAAAACAUAUUCAGCAGUAUAUAAAUUUAUUAUAUUAAAUUAAAUAAUAAAUAUUAGUAGAGAGAUUGUGGGGAAAAUAUAUCUAAAAUCACAACCAAAAUGAAGAAGAAGAUUCAGGGACCCUUAUUUUCAAAUGGCUCCAGUGCAAGAGUCUGAUUCCUAAUGAGCAUAACUGGGAACAGGCAACACCUAGAAGUGAAAGAUGUAAGAAGGCAGAGGAGUGGGAUAAAACUGACUAAAAUUCUAGGAUGCUAGAAUGCUCUCUUUUGAAAGAUUAAGUAGCCAGUUAUGUGUCAAGGAGACUUAUUUUCCUAGCCAUUUAGCAUUCUUCUGAAAGACUGGUAGUAAAUGCCAUGAGGCCACCCUUGAAGUGCCCUAUGUAGGCAGAAAGGGGAGGGGUACUGAGUGUGUUUCAUUUCAGAAAUACAUUCCUUUUCCUUGUGAUUAGGGCCAUUUUUCCAUGUUCUUGCAUGUUCUGAACUUUCCCUGAGCAUCUUUCUGCACAGGAUGGUCUUUAGAGAUCGUGUUGUCCAUCCUGUGCCUCUGAUCCAGGCAUCCCUCACCUGCUUAUGACUAGCCUGCAGCAGAUGGGAGCUGCACCAAGCCUGACUGGAACACCCAGUGUUUGCACAGCCCUGGGAGUGACUCCUAAGGAGCAGAGGGGGCUUGACUCCCAUGCUUCUGCUUUAGCACUAAACACCAAGCUGAUCAGGGGGACGUUUUCCAUGCAGAGGUGACUCCCUUACUGCCCCCUCUUACCAAAUAGCAUGUGUUUGUCCCCUUGGGUUGGCAGCACAGUCAGCUCCCUUGACUGCAAAUUCUUAUGUUUCUAUGGGUACCUGCCAGCAGAGAACUUUGAUGACGAUGGUGAAUAUCCUCCCAAGACGACCAAAAGAACUAUUAAUACAUUCCUCUUACACUGGACAUGCACUUAAUAGAAAACUGCAUGUAACAGAUAAAAUUAUGUGAUCACUCCUCAUAGACAGCAAUGCUUGCUACUUAUUUGGCUCACCUCUUACUAGUCAGCCAGUCACAGAAAUGCAUAGGUUUGCCUUUUUAUGAGAGUAGAUGGGCAGUAACCUGUUUGGGAUUCAAGCAACAGACAGCUGGAUUAUUAGAAGUAAUACCAGUUUAUUUCUUGUGUUUUGUGGGCCAGCAUGAGUUAGGUUUCCAAGCUCUGAGCAGAACUUCCUUAAACCAAUUUAAAAGGAAAGAGCACUCCUGAGCAUGUUUACUCAGAUGUAAGUUCCCCUGAACUUAGUAGGACUUCCUAGCAAAUGUGCUUAGGGUUGCAGCUUCAUCCAGUAAGUCCCUUUAAGGAACAAUAUUGCACUCUCCCCAAGAGUGCCUUAAAGCAGAGGGGUAUAGUCCCUGAUCAUGCGUUAAAUUUUGAUUAUGUGUCACAUUUCUAAAAAUUUAUAUUGGAGCCUAAAUCUAGCUGAUCUUCAGUGAAACUUGUGGCUUGGGAUACAUUUCUUUUUAAGUUGUCCUGCAGUUCCUGGGCGGUAGAACUCCCCACUGCAGUUUGUCUUGACUUGUUCAAAGAUUGCAACAACCUCUAGUCAAUAAAAAACAGCAGUCCAGUCCAGGACUCUAAUCUGUCAUUUUGUACUGGGAGUUUAACAUGUAAAAGUAUGAUAUUUAGAACUAUAGUAUCACUCCCUUGCUGAUCAGUCUCUGCUUUCUUUAGUUCACCCACCUUUUCCCCGUUCUGAAAAAAACACUGGAAACUCUAGCAAUCCUUGUUUUUCCUAAGAGUAAUCCAGCUUUCCACUAUCAGGUUUUUCCUCCAAAGUGUUUUCAUAUUCAAUGCAAGUACAUGAUUAGAUUGCUUUCAUAAUUCCACCCUUCCAUAUUUGGCAGGGUUAAUAUGCAUUCCCAGAUGAUCUCAAAGUGCAGCUCUGUUUAGUUUUUUUUUAUUAACUUUUAUGUUUGGUAAAACUGCUUUUUCAAUGUGUAUAUUGUACUAGUAUCUGUUUAUUUGUUUUUUUUUUUAAAGAACACCUAAUCGGAGCUUUUUUUUAUGGAGAGACACUGCUGGCUGACUCUUGUGGUUGUGUUGUUUUUGGUUGUAGCCUUUGAAUGUCUGUGCCAUGGGGUAUACCUGGUCUCGAAGGCCAGCAAACAUGCCUCAGUCUUAAGGAAAGUUUGUUUGUUGAAAACAUGUGAACAUUUUUAAACACACACACACACACUCACUUAAAUUAUGGGGGAGUAAUAUUCUGAUGAAAAUGUACUAAACUAUUUUGGUAACUAAUUUAAAGAUCAUAGGAAAUAAACUCUUUGAAUCGGGUCUACAGUGUUUAUACAAAACUGCAGCCAUUUUCAGGCUUUUUGGUGGUGACUGGUUUGUAACACUUAGUUUUGUAAACAUGGUGUUUUAUUGCUUCCUGCUUUUCUAUGUGAUUGUCCAUAGUGUGAUGAUAACUUUGUGGGACAAUUUGGUUUUGUCCUGAACUGCUACAGCUUUGUGUAAUUCCAACUGAUUCUUACAGUAGGGUUUAGAUGUGUCACAUGUCUCCUCAAGUGUCACUUAGAAGUAGUUUGUCCUAUUUUUAAGACCUGGCUACUUUACAGAAUCUUGCUAGCAAUCAGAUUCCUCUUCCUCUCGUCCAACAUCCAUUGGCAAAUUGCUUUGUUGGUGCGACAUGUGAAAGAAACUGUACAAGGAGGCAAAAGCCUGUUUACAUGCAGUGCCACAACCCAAUCUGUCUGUCCGUUUAAUUGUGAAGGACCAAAGAAUCUAAACUGGGAUCAAAAAUUCCCCCAACCCCACAAAUUCCUGACUGCUCCCUUUCCAAUUAUGGUUUUUUUUUUUCUUCUCUGCCUCAUCUCUGUCAGUGUAAACUUUAGGCAAGAGGAUGUAGCAGCAGGCUGGUUUUAUCCACAGUUGGGAAUUGUAGAAGUACCUGCUUCUCUUUCCCACUCUUUAGCUCUUUAAGAAGCACUUUUUAAAAGAAAGAAUCCUAGAUUUCUAUGAAUUUUAAUAUUAAAAUGAAAUACCAGAAAUGUGAAUGCUUUGUUAGGUACCAAAUGGAAAAGCAAAACUGAUCUCUCCAUUUGUUUUGUAAAGAAUUAACUUUGGAUUAAGUUUCUGUAUAGGCAAUUUUGUUUACUGGGAUGGGGUGGGAUGAACCAUGAAUGAGAAGAAAUAUACAUUUUUUACAAAGAAAAUCUCAAUUCUGCCAGCAGUUGCUAUCUUAUAUAGUAUCUGCUCAGUACUGCUUUGUUUUUUGUUUUCAAGACCAAGGGGAUUCUGUGAUUGGCAUUUGUUUAAAGCUAAAUUGCAAUCAAUAUGGUGCUAGAGCAAAUCAUCCCUAAUGGAUUGCCCAAGGAAUUGUGUUUGGAUUAUGAAAGUCCACACACUAUUAACAGAAUAAUUCCUUUGACUCCCAUCUCUGCCCUUGUGUGCACAGGCCUAAUUAGAAAAUGGAUGGUUUUCCCACCCCAAAAGUCUUAAGGCCUUGGGAAGCCUAUGACUCCUUUUAUCUGACUGGCAAUUUUCUUCUCACUCUGGCUGUGGGAGAAGGUGAUAUUAUAUUGGCAAAAUCUACAGCAGUCAAAAAGGCAAGUAAGCCUUUGCCUUACAUGGAGGCAGAGGUUCAUCAUUAGCUGAAGAAUGUGUAUGGAAGCUUGUGUUAAAAAUUACCUGUUCCAUGUACCUUUCUUUCAAGAUGAAUGACUUUGUGGGGCUGAGGAAUGUCCACAUAUUGGGGUAGAGAGCCAAGUAACUUCAGAGCCUGGAGGGUGCCAAGCCAUGCUCCCUUUCUGAAACACUCCCUUUCACACAGCAGAAAGCAAUACCUCGCCAUUCUUGUUCUAGGGAAUUGCCUCUUUGCAGCACAUGCAGGCUGCAUUAUAACACCAUAGCUUAGUGUUAUAGACAAGUGCAGUGAGCACUGAUGCUCUGUGUUCCCUUCUCCUCACCCUCCAGCAUAAAUCAAUAGAAGGAAUGUUAGUUUUCACUCCUGUUUUAGAUUAAGCACAGGUUGUCCAAAUUUGAACAAAUCAGAUAAUUAAGGUUACUAUAGCAAGCUGACAGCAAACCAUAGUUAAGUUAAACUGCAGUUUAUGAUUGGAACCUUAUACUUAACUGGUCAAUCUAAAAUGGAAGUGACACUUUUGACACUUUCCUCAUAGCAUUGUCGUAGGAGGAGAGAAGCACAUGAACCUGAUGCUUACUGUAGGUCCUUCUUGUAAUGUUAAAACAUGGCUUACCAUACCAUGGGAACCUCACGCAGAGUCCUUGCAACUAUUAUUCAACACGGGAAAUUUUAUUUUUCUUUUUGACUUUCCAUAAGUCUCAAAGCAUAACCUGAGCCACUUCAAGGGCUGGCACAGCUCAGACAAAUGAAGAUUUUUUUUUCCUAAUAAGGAAUAACAUAAGCCUCAACAGUUUAUUGCUGUUCCACUAGAGAGGACCUUCCCUGAUUGUUUCCUCCUCUGAAAAAGAAAAGUAUUUAUUACUAGUGUGGGGUGGUUGUUUUUUCUCUUUUGUUUGUUUUUUUUUUUUUAAUUCUCCUCUGGGAUUUUAUCAGCCUUUGGAGCAAUGCAACGGGAAAUAGAUGUUGCUGGUGAAAAGUAUUAUAAGUGAAGUAUUCUGCAAAAUGGUGACUGUGGAUCAAAGAUCUCUAUGGGGCUUCCCCACUCUGUAGCUUCCAGUGUUUUAAAGAAAAAAAGUAAAUACAUACAAUAUAAAUUCUUAAAACUGCACA